ACAACUACCAUAAUAGCCUAAAUAGAAAGGCUAAAAAUGGCAGGCUCCUCUGCAGGAAUGACUGCACUGCUAUGUAAUAUCAAUAAACAAAUUGCAAUAUUUUAUCCAACGAUUACUUACCAAAGGCACAGUUGGUGUGUGAUAAGGAGAAUAUGUAUGUCUGUCUCCCGAUGCCAGAGUCAAGCCCAAACAAAACGGAAAAGAGCAUCCUCACAGGUUGUCUCGACAGGGAUUCUGAAUGACUUUGAUUAGUGCUCCCCAGGAGCUGGUAGGUGUGGUGGGUCUGGAGAUCCAUGCUCAGAUCCACUCCAACACCAAGCUGUUUUCUGGCUCCCAGGUCGGGUUCCAGGCUCCACCUAACUCCCUGGUGUCCUUCUUUGAUGCCUCUUUACCUGGAACUCUACCUGUGCUGAACAGACGAUGUGUGGAGGCUGCAGUGAUGACAGGUUUGGCUCUUAACUGUACCAUCAACAGGAAGUCUCUCUUUGACAGGAAGCACUACUUCUACGCUGACCUUCCUGCGGGCUACCAGAUCACCCAACAGAGGCUGCCCAUCGCUGUGGACGGCACCCUGACCUACAGUCACCUGGGGGGCCGUAAGAGGAACACGGUGGUCACCAAGAGUGUCAGGAUCAAACAAAUCCAGCUGGAGCAGGACAGUGGCAAGAGCCUCCACGAUGACUACAGGAGCCAGACCCUUAUAGACCUCAACAGAGCAGGUGUGGGACUGAUGGAGCUGGUGAUGGAGCCAGACAUGAGCUGUGGAGAGGAGGCAGCAGCAGCCGUCAGAGAGAUGCAGCUCAUACUGCAGGCUCUAGGGACCUGCCAGGGAAACAUGGCUGAGGGCCAGCUGAGAGUGGAUGCCAACGUGUCCGUCCACAGACCUGGGGAUCCUUGGGGCAUCAGGACUGAGGUCAAGAACAUCAACAGUGCCCGCAACCUGGCCAGGGCCAUAGACUAUGAGAUCCAGAGACAGAUGUUUGUCCUGGAGAGCGGCGGCACGGUGCAGAACGAGACACGGUCGUUUGAUGGCAAGACUGGUCACACCAUUCCAAUGAGAGACAAGGAGGGCCUUCAGGACUACAGGUUCAUGCCGGAGCCCAACCUGCCUCCUCUGAUGGUGUACGAGGCGUGCUCUACAGCCCCCCCUGGUGUUGCCCCCAGCCAGGUGGUGGUUCUGGAGGAGGUGAGGGAGAGGCUGCCGGAGCUGCCCAGCGUCAGGAGGCAGAGGCUGGUGGAGACCUACGGCAUCCUCCCCGAACACAGCUUCACCCUGGUGAAUGAGGACGGGCUGAUGGACUACUUUGAGGCCGUCGUCAGGGAGACCAAGGCUGGGCCGAGAAAGGUGAUUGGCUGGGUGAUGAACGAGCUGCAGGGCCUCCUCCAUCAACAGAACCUGAGUGUCAGCCAGAGUCCGAUCUCUCCUCAAGCUCUAGCCCAGAUACUGAAUCUCCAGGAGAAUGGACAAAUCUCUUCUUCUAUCGCCAAGCAGGUGUUCCAGGAGCUGUGGAAGACCCCAGGUAAAACGGCCCAGCAGAUCGUCAAGGAGCAGGACCUGGGGAUGGUCAACGACAGUACAGAGAUCCACAGGAUUUGCCAGAAGGUGGUGGACUCACACCCAGACCAGGUCCAAGCCAUCCGCAGUGGGAACAAGAAGGUUCUGAACAAGCUCAUGGGUCUGGUCCAGAAGGAGACUAAAGGCAGGGCUGACCCAGUCCUGGUACGGGCCGUCCUGGAGCAGAAGACCUCCUGAGGACUAACUAACACUGUCUGUGGCCACCUUGACUGCCUCAACCUUCAUAUGCCUGGUGGAAUAUCAAACUGGUCCAAGAGGCAGCAAGCGUGACAUCUUUAUGGGUUCAUCAUAGUUAUCAUGUCCUCUGGUCAAGAGGAUUAUUGUUGCUAAAUCAACUGUCUGUCAUGUUGUCUUCUGGCACCGUAACCACCUUUAAGUUGUUGCAGUUGUAUUGUAACUUUAUUUGUGUACAUACAUCUAUUCUAAUUCUCUUUGGAGUGUGCACACUUAUCCCCUCCCAAACACACUUACAGUGAGGGAAAAAGUAUUUGAUCCCCUGCUGAUUUUGUACGUGGCAAAACCCUUGUUGGCAAUCACAGAGGUCAGACGUUUCUUGUAGUUGGCCACCAGGUUUGCACACAUCUCGAGGGAUUUUGUCCCAGUCCUCUUUGCAGAUCUU